CCGGCGGGGCCGCGCGGGGAGAAAGACACUGGAAGGCGGCGGCGGGGCGGGGAGCGGCGCGCGCGGGCCGCGGCGGAGCCGGAGGCUGCAAGAAGAGCCCGCGGGGGGCUGGGGGGUGCAGUUCCUCCGCCCCCGCAAAACAAUGUGUGGCGUGCGGCAGGGCGCAACUUGCCCGGGGCGGCGGGGGCGCGCCGAACCCGCCUGAAACCGCGCCGCUGACCUUCUUCCCCCCGCCGUCCGUUGGGCCCAAGCGCCCAGCUCCUCGCUCCCCAGCUCGCGGGGGCCGGGCCGAGCCGCGGGGCGGGGCCGCCCCUCCGUCGCUGCUGCCUCCUCCCCCACCCCCAGCCGCGGAGGAUGCGGACGGCCCCCGGCGGCGUCUAGCGGCCCGGGGCCCAGGCGCGAUGGUGCAGCAGCGGGGCGCGCGGGCCAAGCGGGACGGCGGGCCGCCGACCCCGGGGCCCGGGCCCGCCGAGGAAGGGGCGCGCGAGCCUGGCUGGUGCAAGACCCCGAGCGGCCACAUCAAGAGGCCGAUGAACGCAUUCAUGGUGUGGUCGCAGCACGAACGGCGGAAGAUCAUGGACCAGUGGCCCGACAUGCACAACGCCGAGAUCUCCAAGCGCCUGGGCCGCCGCUGGCAGCUGCUGCAGGACUCGGAGAAGAUCCCGUUCGUGCGGGAGGCGGAGCGGCUGCGCCUCAAGCACAUGGCGGAUUACCCGGACUACAAGUACCGGCCGCGCAAAAAGAGCAAGGGGGCGCCCGCCAAGGCGCGGCCCCGCCCCCCCGGCGGUGGUGGCGGCGGCAGCCGGCUCAAGUCCGGGCCGCAGCUGCCGGGCCGCGGGGGCCGCCGAGCGGCGGGAGGGCCUUUGGGGAGCGGCGCGGCGGCGCCAGAGGACGACGACGAGGACGACGACGAGGAGCUGCUGGAAGUGCGCCUGGUCGAGACCCCCGGGCGGGAGCUGUGGAGGAUGGUCCCGGCGGGGCGGGCCGCCCGAGGACAAGCCGAACGCGCCCAAGGGCCGUCGGGCGAGGGGGCGGCCGCCACCACCACCUCCCCAACACCGUCGGAGGACGAGGAGCCAGAGGAAGAGGAGGAGGAGGCGGCAGCGGCGGAGGAAGGCGAAGAAGAGACGGUGGCGUCGGGGGAGGAGCCGCUAGGCUUUCUGUCCAGGUUGCCCCCGGGCCCCGCCGGCCUGGACUGCAGCGCCCUGGACCGCGACCCGGACCUGCCGCCCCCCUCGGGCACGUCACACUUCGAGUUCCCGGACUACUGCACCCCCGAGGUUACCGAGAUGAUCGCAGGGGACUGGCGCCCGUCUAGCAUCGCCGACCUGGUUUUCACCUACUGAGCCCACCGUCAGCGGGGCGCGCACGCCCCCAAACCAGCUGUUUACAUACAGGAAUCAGGUAUUGGGGCCCCUCGGAGGCCGAGGCUGGCACCCCAUCUCCCGCGCAGCCUCCCCCCUCCUAGACGUGCCCAUCCCCCCGAUCCAGACAUAUCCCUCCCCGCAGACACUCCCCAAGGCGGCCCAACCCCCACCCUUCCCCUGACAUCAAGCCCCUCCCCAUCUUGUCCCCUCCCGCACAGCCACCAGCAGCCAGCCCCCCUCCGAUACACCUCCCAUCCCUCUAUCAGACCUGAGCCCCUCCCCCAUUUUGCACACGCCCCUCCUCGUGGCCGGAGGACACGCCCCCUCCCCUGCUCGCGAAUCCCUCCGCCCUUGGCCUGCCUUCUCGGUUAGGGGGCGAUGCGACCCGGCCGCACCGCGCGUUCCUCUCGUGCCCCUCCCCUCCCGGGGGGAGGGGCGCGCUCCAGUUACUCGGGGAGCGCUGGGGCCCGCCCCCUCCGCUUGGACCACCCCCUUCUUGCGCAUGCUUAAUGCUUCUUGGGAGGAGGGGGCUGGUCCCAGUUGAGCCGCCAGCUUCUGUCUCCUCUCGGAGAAGGAGGGGAUCGAGUGUAGAGCGAUCCUAAAAAAUCUUCUGAUCCUGGAGCCCGUGGCUUCCUCUCAACCGACGGGGCAUCACUGCCUUAAUGGGAGAAGCACUCGGAAGGGAGAGAAAGAAUCUAACUGACCCGAAAGGGUUGGUUUGGGCUUGAAACUCUUAAGUGGCACAGCCCCUUUUCCCCAUGUUGUCACCCUCGCCCACCACCUUCCCCAAUUGCGCGAAUGCCUUUACAGCCGAUCGUGGGCCCCAGAAACGUCCCUUUCUUGCCCCAACUGAAAAUUAGGAAUGGGGUCUUUCUCUGGAAAUCCACCGAGAGAGGGACUGCUCAAGAUAACUCAGAACCAAGAUGCCUACUAGUCUGGGGACAGGGUUCUUGCUGCUCCCUUCCCCGUGGGGAAGCGCCCUAUCAUCUCAGGGCACCCUCUCAGCCUAGGGCUCCUCCCUAAGCCCACGGUCCCUUCCUAAGUCCCUCCAGAUCCACCCUCCACAACCACAGCUGCAGUAUUCAGAGGGAGAAACUAAAGCACGUUGGUGCUAGGGGGCUGGGACUGAGGCCUGAUGACAGAUGGAGUGGCAGGAGAGUCCCACGUCCAAGCAACGACUUGAGAGAGAUCAUCGGUCGGCCAGAGACUGAGGAUGGGCUCAGGGGAACGGAGGUGGGCGUUUGCGUCUGUUUUUUCCGUGUGAGAAAUGGGGCUGGCGCUGCUGUUAGGAGGAAAUUAGGAAGUUGUGUCCGGUUCAGGGUGCCCUUGGGAGCCCUGCCACCAUCCUGUUACCCUCUCCCCGUCUCCCCACUCGAGCCCCGCCCCUCCGGCCUCUCCACACCCCCUCCGCCCUCACUACCUGUAUCUCACCGGCGUGUGUUCACCCUCCGGGUGGCUCACACACUCUCAUUCACACACACAAAUCUCAGGAACAAACGGUCCCAGAGUCCUCCGGGACCCCUGCCCAGGGUCUCUGCAGGUCUCUGCCCCACGCGUUCCCUUCGCUGACAAAGCCACCAGCUGCCUCCUUUAAGCUUGGUGCUCCGGCUCUGGGCCUUUCUUGCGCUCUUUCUCUCUCUCUCUCUUUCUCUCUCUCUUCUCUCUUUUCUUUUCUUUCUUUUUUUUUUUUUUUUUUUUUUUUUAAGAAAAUAACAACAAAAAAAGACAAUGAAAAAAAAAAACAAAACGUCAUGUGAGUGAAGAGAUGUCUCUGUCUGUGGUCUUGGAGAACUAGUCGUAGCUGAGGGAGGGUCCCUCCUCUGGGGCACUGGCACCCACAGCAGGACUUGCGCCAGUCUGAUGCCAGGACUGAAUAAAGUGUGUUUGCCCCGACCUCGCCCUGUGCUUCCGCAUGUCUGUGCUUUCCUCAGCCUCCGUAGGAUUCAUUCCCCACAGGAAGAGCUGGUUGUCCCAGGGCGAGCACCUGGCUUCUCUGGGCCACUGUCUCCAUCUCAGGACUCCCUGCCUUCAUAAAGGACAGCAGACAUGUCCCUGCAGUGGCCAGGCAGGUAACAUCAAUGAGUGGGUGAGUCUGGGUGGGCCUUGGCCGUCAUGACCUAAUUCAGGGGUGGCGGCGAUGUGGGAGAGCAGUCUGUAACCAGAUUUUUCAAGAGAAGCUGGAGCUGUUUCUGAGUCAUAUCAAAAUGAAAGCUGGCUUGACUUUUGAAAAAACUGCUGUGGGCCAGAUGCAAUGUGUGUGGACAGGUCACAACAAAAUGGGUCAGCUUGACCUUGCCCUCAGAAUUAAGAAGCAGGAUUGGGCCCCUCUGCCUGUGCUCAAAGCCCCGCUCUACCACUGAACACCUUCAUGACCUUGAGCAAAUUAACUUCGUCCCCCCUCUUUGGAUUUGUGGAAUGUGAGACUAAGGAUGCUACCGUCUUCUCAGGGUGAAGCCAGGUUUGAGGUGAGAAGCAUUUGCCAUUCCUUGGUCCUGAGGGUUGGGUGGCGAAGCAACUUGCAGGAGGCCCACAGCCAGCCCACGCCAGAGAUCCUGCUUCUGCUUCUUGGCAAAGUGUCCAGAGGCGCCGCCUCUCCCCCCUGUGGGAAUCCCUGUGGCUGUUAGGCUGCUGGCUCGGCCUGGCUCACAGCCUGCAGUGUAGACUUACUGAAUGACCAGAGAGCAACAGAAUUGCAGUUCCUCCCCUUGAGCUUCUGACUGGUGGUAUGGAAACUGAGGCCAAGGCCUUUCCCUCCCUUGUCCUCCUGAGACCCCUGCCCCUAAUUUUUUUUUCGUCAGAUCCAGUGAAUUUCUAAGAUCAGACAAAGAUCCUUUUUUUCCCCUGAAAGAGCCAAGGCUGGGUGUGGGAACUACCAGUCCUUCCUUAGCCUUUCUGGUUGGAAGCAAGCUGGGAAAAAUUCCUGUAAGAAGAGGUAGUUGGGGAGACCCGGAAGGCAGGGAAAUGUGCUCCAUGGAGGUGCCUUCGAGGAGGGCUUCCCCAGCUGUGGGAGGCAGGGUCAGUGGCUUCCCCGUGUCAGUGCUUUCAGGGUCAGCCUCCUGCGGAGAGGUCACACCCUUCCCAGGGCAGCGGGCCCUGGGAUCUGGUCAGAGCUUGGUAUAUAUGCCUGGCCAUUUGGGUCACAUGCGGGGCAGACUGACCAGUCCCCGCCCCAGAAGGCCAGGGCUUUAUCAGGCCUGCAGGACGGUUUGACUUCUCCCUGUGCCCAGUCCUCUUCUCUUCACAGGUGUUCAUCCCUAAUAAACAUCU